AUGGCCUAUCCACGCCCCGACUUCCAGCGCAAAUCACUCAACUGGGCCUCCCUCGACGGACCCUGGGCCUUCAUCUUCGACGACCUUGAUACAGGCUUCUCCGAACAAUGGCAUCACAAAGGCCUGCCAUCCCAAGCAGACACCAACAGCAAAAAAGAAAUCCAAGUCCCUUAUGCAUUCCAGACCCCGGCAUCAGGAAUCAAUUUCCUCGAAGCCCACGAAGUAAUGUGGUACGAGCGAACCAUCCAAGACAUCCGCACCGCCUCUGAAAAAACCCACGGAAACAGACUUCUCGUCCGCUUCGGCGCAGUCGACUACGAAUGUUCCGUCUGGGUUAAUGGUGGUCUUGUCGGAUCUCACCGAGGAGGCCAUGUCCCGUUCGACGUGGACGUUACGGAUGCAUUGCACUCUGAUACUGACGCUCGACUUACGCUGCGCAUUAGAGACUCACCAUACGACCUGGCCCAGCCGCGUGGAAAACAGUACUGGAAACCUGUGCCGGAGAGUAUCUUUUACACACCUACGGGGGGGAUCUGGCAAUCGGUCUGGGUGGAGAGUGUCCCGCCUAUGCGAUUGGCGUGUAGUAGUGGUGGCACUGUGCUUCGGUCGGAUGAUAUUGAGAGAGGGGAGCUUCAUGCUCGGAUUGCCGUGAUGGAUCGCAAGGCACGGGCGGAGUGCAGUGUUGAGGUUGAGGCGAGUCUCGGGGGUUACUUUGUUGGGAAGAACAAGGUGACGCUUCCGGCGGAGAGGAAUUGGGUGAAUGUGGAUUUGAGCAUGAGGGUUUCUAAUGCGGUGGAGAUGCAGGGGAAGGCACCGUUUGGUGGUGAAGGGGCCUGGUGUGAUGGCGUGGCACUGUGGGCGCCUGAGCAUCCGAUUCUGUAUGAUUUGAUACUGCGCCUUUAUGAUGCUUCGGGAGAGGUGGUGGAUGAGGUCGAGACGACGACGGGAAUGCGGAGCUUGUCAUGGACUACGGGAGACGGGACUUUCCGAUUAAACGGAAAGCCGCUAUUCCAGAUGUUAUUCCUGGAUCAGGGCUACUGGCCUGAGACCGGAAUGACGCCUCCUUCUUCCGAGGCGCUCAAGGCGGAUAUUGAGAUGGCGAAGGCUGUGGGAUUCAAUGGAUGCCGCAAGCACCAGAAAGUUGAGGACCCGAGAUUCCACUAUUGGGCUGAUCGACUCGGUUUCCUCGUGUGGGGGGAGAUGGCCAAUGCCUAUGAGUUUGGAAGUGACUACAUGGACCGGAUGAAUAGCGAGUGGACCGAGGCCGUCAAGCGAGAUCUCAACCAUCCGUGUAUCAUCACCUGGACCCCGAACAAUGAGAGCUGGGCCUAUACGUCGCUGAAGGAUAACAUUGACCAGCGCAACCACAUGCGUUCGCUAUACUACCUGACCAAAACUCUGGAUCCAAGUCGUCCAAUUAAUGACAACUGCGGCUGGGAGCACGUCUUAACCGAUCUAACCACCUACCACGACUACGCCGACUCGUCCGAGCUUACAGCCACAUGCUCAAAGAUGGAGGGAGGGAUCCUCGGCCCAAAAGCAGGCCACGACUUGUUCACCAAGCCCAUCUACUCCGGUUUCUCCGGCCACACGCUCCUCGACCCAGGAGCCCAACACAAAGCAGGGGCCCCGGUGAUCUGUACUGAGUUCGGAGGUGUCAACAUCGCACCGGCAAAGGAUGCGAAGGCCGGUGAUCGGGACUGGGGAUACACGACUGCCACGGACCAGGAAGAUUUCUUGAAGCGGUUUGAGAAAUUGGUUAUGGGUAUUGUCAAGGGCGGACAUACCUGUGGCUUGGUGUAUACGCAGCUGUGUGAUAUCGAGCAGGAGGUUAAUGGGUUGUACUCGUAUGAUCGCAAGGCCAAGGUACCUAUUGACAAGGUCAAAGCCGUGAUGGACGCUGCCAGUGAUUACUAUCAUCAGCAUGUCCAAACUCAUGGACCGAAGGGGUUCAAGAAGCUUUUGCAUUCUUUGCACCGAAACUGA